GUUCUUAUGGCGGAGCUGUGGGCUGUUGUCACUCACGCGUUCCGUAUUCACUGUAAAUAAAACACAAAUACUGUCAUUUACACUGAUUUUACUCCGUUUACCACAACAGCAAUAUUGAGGCUUCGGCUGCAGCAGCUUUGGAGCGCCAGUCAUGGCGUCUCUGUCAGAGGAGGUGUUGUUGGUGGUGAAGAGGGUUCGUCAGAGGAAGCAGGACGGGACUCUGUACCUGAUGGCUGAGCGGAUCGCCUGGGGUCCGGAGGGGAAGGACCGCUUCAGUGUCAGUCAUCUGUAUGCCGACAUCCGCUGUCAGAAGAUCAGUCCUGAUGGUAAGGCAAAGAUCCAGCUGCAGUUGGUUCUGCACACAGGAGAAAGCACCAACUUUCAUUUCGCCAAUGAGAGCACAGCACUGAAGGACAGAGACGCUACCAAAGAACUCCUACAGCAACUGCUGCCCAAAUUCAAGAAGAAAGCCAAUAAAGAGCUGGAGGAGAAAAACAGGAUGUUGCAGGAAGACCCAGUUCUGUUCCAGCUUUAUAAAGACUUGGUCGUGAGUCAGGUGAUCAGUGCAGAGGAGUUCUGGGCCAAUCGGCUGAGCCUGAAUUCUGUAGACCACGCCCUCUCCAAUAACAACAAACAGGAAGUGGGCAUCUCGGCUGCCUUCCUGGCUGACAUCAGACCACAGACAGACGGCUGCAACGGCCUGCGGUACAACCUGACCUCUGACAUCAUCGAGUCCAUCUUCAGAACCUACCCUACAGUCAAACAGAAAUACGCUGAGAACGUUCCUCACAACUUGACGGAGAAGGAGUUCUGGACGCGGUUCUUUCAGUCUCAUUACUUCCACAGAGAUCGAAUCAACACGGGCCAGCAGGACAUCUUCUCAGAGUGUGCAAUACAGGACGAGAAGGGCCUGAAAUCGAUGGUGACUCAGGGAGUGAAGAACCCAAUGGUAGAUCUGCUGUCCCAUGAGGAUAAAACAUUAGAUGAGGGUUACGGGAGAGCGACAGUUCCCUCCACAUCAAACCCAUCAAACAAAACAUUGAGAGAGAACAGUAACUGUGCCAUCAUCAAACGCUUCAACCAUCACAGCGCCAUGGUGCUGGCAGCCGGACUGCGAAAAGUUGAAGCCUCCAGUGAUCAAGCCAGUGAAACCAGCAGCACUGAUGGAAACUCCAGAGAUUCAGAUUUCUUUCAGCCGUCACUCAAAAAGGUGAAAUUACAGGAAGCCAUUGAAUAUGAUGACUUGCAGAGUGACUCUGGCCGUAAAACUAUUGCUCUGAACCUGAAGAAGUCAGACAGAUACUCCCACGGGCCAGUUCCUCUGCAGCCGCAGCAUUACACCACCAGUCAGGACAUUAUAACCUCCAUCAGUGUCAUCCGACAGGAGAUGAAGAACUAUAAACCCUGUCUGACAAAGGUGAUGUCCAGCAGUGCGGCGGGCUCCGCCAUCACAGAGCUGUCACCUGGAGGCGUUCUGAUGCAGGGCGGAGGUCAACAGACCAUUAACCAGUUGGUGGCCACUGAUGUUCAGAGUGAACUGAAGCACUUAUAUACGGCCGCUGGAGAGCUGCUCCGACACUUCUGGUCCUGUUUCCCCGUCAGCACUCCCUUCCUGGAGGAAAAGGUAGUUAAGAUGAAAUCUAACCUAGAGCGAUUCCAGGUGACUAAGCUCCGCCCCUUUCAGGAGAAGCUCCAACGGCAGUUUUUGAGCAUUAAUCUAACGGGCCAUCUUGAGGAAAUGCUACAGGCUGCAUACAACAAGUUUCAAGCCUGGCAAUCCCGUCGGAUGAUGCGAAAAACCUGACGUGGUCACGUAGAAGCGAAUACUUUGAGAGUGAGAAAAGACUCUGGAUAAAAUAAAAAAAGAGAGCAUUUCGGACACACACUCCUAGCUGGGACGAAUGGCCUCAAAUGGGUGAAUUUUCCAGCCAAUCAGAGCUGGAGGUGCUAGUGGGCGUGUCCUUGGGGGAGGAGCUUGGAGAGGGCAAUGCUGUCAUAUUAUUGGUCCACGUGGAGAUGGACAGCAGCAGUCACACACAACUGUAAUGAUUUUUUUCUCUUUAUUUUGUCCGUUCCGUUUUUUUCGCCUUUCCGUGGAUUCCUAGGUAAGAUGUGACAUUUUAACAGUGUUGUAUUUCUACAAUGACCAAACUUGUGGUGUAAUAAUAAUAACGGUGGAAGGUUUCUCAGGAACUUAAUGUUUAAUGCAAAGGACUCUGUUGGAGGGAAAAGCUUUUAAGUCGACGAUAAGGAGGAAUCUUUACAAAUCGGAUAUUGCAAUCCAGUUCAACUCUCUCGAGACUUGACGCUGAUUGGAAGUCAGUUGCUCAAGACAUGCCAACGGGAGGAAAUAAAGCAAUACUGUAUAAUACAAGUGUUACUCUGUAGUGCAUUGACUGAUCUGUGUGCCGCAGACAAGUGCACACUCCUUCGCACUGCUUUAUAACAUGUCUAGCUGCACCGAGUUGAUGUUAUUGCAAAUAAAGUCAUAAU